AUGGUGGUUAAGGAAUGUCGUAUCGCCAUGCUUGUUAAUGAUAUGGAUAUUUCUCGUCUCAUGGUUCAUGCUCAACAAAUUGAAGAAGAUAAACUUAAGGAAAUGUUUGGGGAGUCAAAGAGGGAUAAAACCGGUUACGGUAAUUUCUCACAUGCAAGGUCCAAUGAACAUGGUCGUUCUAAGUUAUUUCAAAGGAAGCACGAGGGCAAGUGCCUAGCGAGUGCCAAUGCUUGUUUUGGGUGUGGUAAGAUGGACCACAAGAUAAGAGAUUGUCCUUCAGUUGCUAAGAAUGAAGGAGAUAAUUGUCGCAGGGCUCAACCUAAUCCUUUAUCCGAUCCAAGUGGUUCGGGUUCAAAUGAUCCCAAGCAAAAUAGAUUUUAUGCACUUCAGACUCGUCAUGAGCAAAAGGGUUCUCCUGAAGUGGUUAUCAAUCCAUUUUCUGUCUCUAACCCUAUUGGUUAA